AUGUCUUCCGCGGACGCACUCGGUCCCCAACUCUCCCGAGGAGACACCAAGAAGGACUACGGCGAUGACGAUCUGUAUGUCUCCCCGGGCCCGCCCACGCUCAACUCGCAAGACCUCUUGGUGGAGGCUCGUCCACCGCUGGACUACAGCUCGUCUAGCGCGUUCUUCUCGAGUGCUUGGCGCCGCUUCUGCAGUAUUUGGACGAAGCGGUUCAUUCUGUCUCUGCUUGCGGGACAGCUGGUAUCGCUCUGCAUAACCUGUACGAAUGUGACGACCACGGAGCUGGUGGACCGCAACUGGUCAUUGCCGACGACGCAGACAUGGUUCCUAUACUUCUCGCUGUUCGUGGUAUACACGCCCUACACGAUCUACCAGUACGGAUUCAAGGGUUGGCUGCAGAUGAUCUUCCGAGACGGCUGGAAGUACAUUAUUCUGGCCGCGUGCGACGUCGAGGGCAACUUCCUCGCGCUGCUCGACGCCUGGGCGAUCCCGUCCUGCCUUUUCUUCUCCUGGGUCUACACGCGCACGCGGUACCGGCCCUCUCAGCUCGUUGGCGUGCUCGUCUGUAUCGGCGGCUUGGGCAUGCUCGUCGCGUCGGACGAGCUCACGGACAAGGACUGGCCGGCGGCGAACCGCGGCUUGGGUGACGCGUUCAUGGUCAUUGGUGCGACUUUGUAUGGCUUUACGAACGCGACGGAGGAGUUCUUCGUGCGCCGGUCGCCUCUGUACGAGGUCGUCGGCCAGCUCGGAAUGUGGGGCAUGAUCAUCAACGCGAUCCAAGCUGCCGGACUUGAGCACCAGGCCAUGCGGGAGGCAACCUGGAGCGGCAUGAACAUCGGUCUCCUCGUCGCGUACACCGCGUCGAUGUUCAUCCUCUACACUGUCGCCCCGAUGCUGUACCGCAUGGCCUCCUCUGCGUAUUACAACCUGAGCAUCCUCUCGAGCGACUUUUAUGGGCUACUCUUCGGGCUGUUCCUCUUCCACUACAAGCCGUUUUGGUUGUACUUCCCCGCCUUUGCGGUCGUCGUCCUCGGGCUCAUCAUCUACUUCUGGAGUGCUCCGCCCGAGGCGCAAGGCAAGAUUGAGCCCCGCAUACCUGCGUACGUGGAGCGGCAGCACGACACGAUCAACAUCGUCGCAGGACAAGUGUAAGAUUACAGUAGAGUUGUCACGAUCCGGUCUCGAGUGGUGUACGAGCUCGAUCUUCAUGUAGCGCUAAUCUAGGUCUGGAAUGUUUGCUUGAAAUGCUCAGCUGUUGGUGCAGGGUUCCGCGUGAGUGAGCUGACUGAUUGUCUGUGCGGUCGUACAAGGUGAAGGGUGAUGGAGUACGAAAUGUAAGGGAGCGUACAGGUCCG